CCUCGUUUUUUGGUACGUCAAUCUUGCAUGGAGAUUCCAUCAAUAAUCUUCUACCUUUUGGCUUCCAUUAUCAUCUUCACCUUUCUUCUUCUCCUCCGUUCAGUCUUCAAGCUCUUCUCUUCUCCCUCAGCCAUGAAAUUGCCCCUCCCACCUGGCACUCUUGGCUGGCCCUUCAUUGGAGAAACCUUUCACCUCUACUCUCAAGACCCAAAUCUCUUCUUCUCCGCCAAAAUCAAAAAGUAUGGUUCUAUAUUCAAGACCCACAUUUUGGGGUGUCGGUGUGUGAUGAUCUCCAGCCCGGCGGCGGCGAAGAUGGUUCUGGUGACCAAGGCUCAUCUCUUCAAGCCAACUUUUCCGGCGAGCAAAGAGAGAAUGCUGGGGAAACAGGCCAUCUUCUUCCACCAGGGAGACUACCAUGCCAAACUCAGAAAGCUUGUCCUCCGAGCAUUCAUGCCGGAAUCCAUCAAACACUUCGUCCCCGCCGUCGAAUCCAUCGCCACCAACACCCUCCAUUCCUUGCAGGGAAGACUCAUCAACACCUACCAAGAAAUGAAGACAUACACUUUCAAUGUGGCGCUGCUUUCCAUACUGGGAAAGGACGAGGUUGUCUACCGGGAAGAUCUGAAGAGGUGCUACUACAUUCUCGAGAAAGGCUACAACUCCAUGCCGGUAAAUCUUCCGGGAACGCUCUUCCACAAAUCCAUGAAAGCCCGAGCGGAGCUGGCGAAAAUCCUGGCCAAAAUCCUCUGCAUUCGAAGGCAAUCAAGCGAAACCCACAAUGACUUGCUGGGAUCUCUCAUGGCCGACAACGAAGGCCUCACCGACGACCAGAUUGCCGACAAUAUCAUCGGAGUUAUCUUCGCCGCCCGCGACACCACCGCCAGUGUUCUCACUUGGAUCCUUAAAUUCCUCGCUGAAAACCCCACUGUCCUUGAAGCUGUCACAGUUGAGCAAGAGGCUAUUAUGAGGAGCAAAGGGGAGAAGGUUUUGAGUUGGGAAGAUACAAAGAAGAUGCCAAUUACUACAAGGGUAAUUCAGGAAACACUAAGGGUGGCAUCAAUCUUGUCUUUCACUUUCAGAGAAGCUGUGGAAGAUGUGGAGUUUGAAGGUCAGCUUGACAAAGUCAAAACUACCCAUUUCUUGCCUGGUCAAACUUUAUUCUGGGAUUCUGAUGUCAUAAUUCAUGCUAAUAUUCCAUUUUUUUUCUUGAAAAAAAUAAAUUCAGGGUAUCUCAUUCCAAAAGGGUGGAAAGUGUUGCCUCUCUUCAGAAACAUUCAUCACAGCCCAGAUCAUUUCCCAGAUCCAGAGACAUUUGAUCCUUCAAGAUUUGAGGUUGCUCCAAAACCCAAUACUUUUAUGCCAUUUGGCAAUGGGGCCCAUGCAUGCCCUGGAAAUGAGUUUUCCAAGCUGGAGAUUUUGGUUCUUGUACACCAUCUGACCACAAAAUACAGGUGGUCUAUGGUGGGCCCACAGAAUGGGAUUCAGUAUGGGCCCUUUGCUCUUCCCCAGAAUGGAUUGCCCAUAAAUCUUUAUCUCAAGGAUUCACUCAACUCAUCACAUUGAGAUAUGCUUCAAGAAAAAUGGUAUCAGUGUAGCAUAGUUAGUCAAAAUCCCAAAUUUACUGUUGAUAUAAUGUAUCAAAGUCCGCAAGGCAAUGAAUGGAGAGACACUAAUUUAAAAACA